AUGGAAAGGUACAAACUUGCUGCCAUUAAAGAGAUUCUUGAACCAGCUCAAAUCCUCAAUUUUAAGCACCUCUUGAUCGACAAACUAAGAGAGAAUGACAUCGUUGUCCGUUCUUGUCAUAACCGGUUCAUGGACAUAGAUGAGGAGACUUUAGCUUGGAUAGUAGCCAUAGAUGGCUUGUUCUUACUUAACAUCCUCCGUUCAUUGUAUGACAAUGUGCAUGAUGAUCAGGAGAUUAUUGAUGAUACCAUUUUCACCCGAGACCUCAUGAUGCUCGUGAACCAAAUCCCUUUUGUUGUCUUGAAGCAAAUCAGAAAGUUUCUCUGUCUAUCUUCCCCUGAGAUAGAGAAGAUAGCGAAUUUUGCUUCUAUUCCAAUGCAAACUCCAGCCAUCAUUAUCAAACAUGACAAUAUAAAUGAAGACGAAGAAGAAGAAGAUAAUGUCGAUGAUCAAGAUCGAGAAACACAUGGAGGCAUCAUUCACAACUUCGAAACAAUCUUGGAGGUCGUGGAGAAUAUCGGUCCCAGAAACGUGCAAAAAUUUGUAAAGCCCAUCAACCAGGUUGUAGCCAACAUGCCAUGGUCAAUGAUUUCCGGGCUAUUUAGGGAAGGUACUCAAAGGAAUAGAGACAAAGAGAAUGAGAUGAUCACCGUCCCAUCAGCAUCCCGAUUAUGGCGUUAUGCGGGAAUCAGAUGCAUCCCCAUCCAUGAGGGUAUCAGUAAGAUUAAAUUUGAUCAAGCUGCUUCAACUUUUUACCUUCCUGUGAUCGCUAUGAAUGCUGGUUCAGAAGUCAUACUUAGAAAUUUGGUGGUCUAUGAAGCUGCCAUGUCCAAUUCUAAGCACGAAUUUGCCAGAUAUAUCAAUCUAAUGAGUGGGAUUGCAGAUACUACUGAGGACGUGAGGUUGCUAAAGCAAAAUGGUGUUAUCAAAGGGGAUUUGACUGAUAAUGAAGUUGCUUGUUUGUUCAGUACUAUGCAAAUGUCAUUUGUAAGGUCUAGUAGAAGUUGUAAUGUGGAGAUUGCCAUGGAGAAAGUCAACAAGUAUUAUGACCAAAUGCUAGGAGUAAUAGUUAGGGCUCAUAGAGGGUUGAAGAAAAACAUCUACCUUUCUUGGAAAUUUUUGGCUACUGCUUUGUCCAUUUCCGUUGUGUUGCUGCUAAUUUUCCAAACAUUUUGCUCUGCAUAUGGCUGUCACAAUAUUUGGGGCAACAGAAAGUAG